GUAGAGCCUUGGCGGGGCCGCGAUGCGUCUCUUGCGGUGCCUGAUGAAAGGCCAGUCGGCGCUGGCCGGGGCGCCUAAGUACAUCGAGCACUUCAGCAAGUUCUCCCCGUCGCCGCUCUCCAUGAAGCAGUUCCUCGACUUCGGAUCCAGCAAUGCCUGUGAGAAGACCUCAUUCAUGUUCCUUCGCCAAGAGCUUCCUGUCCGACUGGCCAAUAUCAUGAAAGAAAUCAACCUUCUCCCAGACCGUGUACUGAGUACUCCCUCUGUUCAGCUAGUGCAGAGUUGGUAUGUGCAGAGCUUGCUGGAUAUUAUGGUGUUCCUCGACAAGGAUCCAGAGGACCAAAGAAUAUUGGGACAGUUCACCAAUGCCCUGGUCACAAUCCGCAACCGUCAUAAUGAUGUGGUCCCUACCAUGGCACAGGGUGUAAUUGAAUAUAGGGAGGCUUAUGGUGAUGACCCGGUUUCCAACCAAAACAUCCAGUACUUCCUUGAUCGUUUCUAUCUUAGCCGUAUUUCUAUCCGGAUGCUGCUCAACCAACACACCUUGAUUUUUGAUGGCAGCACCAAUCCAGCCCACCCCAAGCACAUUGGCAGCAUUGAUCCACACUGCAACGUUUCAGACGUAGUCAGAGAUGCUUAUGACAUGGCCAAACUGUUAUGUGACAAGUACUACUUGGCAUCUCCUGACCUGGAUAUCCAGGAGGUGAAUGCCUCUGAAACAGGACCUCACAUGUGGUUUACUAAUCAACCCAACCAGCCCAUCCACAUGGUCUACGUUCCAUCUCACUUGUACCACAUGCUCUUUGAACUGUUCAAGAAUGCCAUGAGGGCUACUGUAGAAAGCCAUGAAUCCAGCCCCACAUUGCCACCCAUCAAAGUGAUGGUGGCGUUGGGCCAGGAGGAUCUCUCCAUCAGGAUGAGUGACCGAGGCGGUGGGGUUCCUCUCCGCAAGAUUGAACGACUCUUCAGCUAUUUAUAUUCCACGGCACCCAAACCAGAGCUGGGCACUGGGGGGACACCCCUGGCCGGGUUUGGCUAUGGACUACCUAUCUCCAGACUCUAUGCCAAGUAUUUCCAAGGUGAUCUUCAGCUGUUCUCCAUGGAGGGAUUUGGGACAGAUGCUGUCAUCUAUUUGAAAGCCUUGUCAACAGACUCUGUGGAAAGACUUCCAGUGUACAACAAGUCAGCAUGGCGUCACUAUCAGACCAUCCAGGAGGCAGAUGACUGGUGUGUACCCAGUACAGAGCCCAAGAACACCUCCACCUAUCGAGUGACCUAAGCAAGCUUCUCUCUGUUACCAGGAAGGGGACUACCCUGCUUCCAAAGGGGAGAAACCCAAACUUUGGUGAGGGAAGAAAAAGAAACAAAUGAUCAUCACCAGCAUAAAGCCCACCUUGUGUUGUAAGACCUCUGUGGAGUGUUCCUAUUGGCUGCCUGGCCAGUUCACCAGUUAGAGAGCAUCCUGAUCACUUUCCCAGAUUUCUUUUUGGAAGUGUGUAGUUCUAGAUCACUUUCAUCAUAGCUCUGCAUGGAACUUCUCUGCCUCACCCCAAUCCUGCCUUUCGAUCUAUUGGUUUGGAAGGAUCCGAAGGAUCUGCUUUCAUCCUAUUUAGUGUUUGCACAUGCCACCUUUUAAUUAUGUUUGAGUUGUAAUGUCAAAGAAGUUGAAAACCCAACCACUAGGCAUUAACAUAUUGAGAAAAAUCAGGAAGCACUCAAGAAGAAAGGGAAGGAGGAGGAGGAGCUAACAAAUGCGGAUAUGAUUAUGUUGGAUUUCUUCACAUGAAGCAAGCUGCAAGCAAGAGGCACAAGGACAUUUAAAACAUGACAUAGGGGUGGCGGAGUCCAGUGCUUCCAUUGCAGAGAGCAAGCACAUUAGAGAGCGCUGGCUUGCUUUUUAGUGUAUGCUCUGGGAGUAAGAAAUAUUCUCUGAGUCAUAGCUAUUCUUGCAUUACGUUCUGUGUGCUUUUCGCAAUGCAUGUCUGAAUCUCAGACUAGUUGAGGAAAGCAGCAUGAGAACUGGCAGUUUUAGCACUGGAAGAAUCUACAACUUCAGACUUAGAUUGCACAAGGAUACAAUGAGGCCUGAAGAAAUUGCUUUGCUAGCAUCGAAGGUGGUUUGGGGUUUGAUGAUUUCUUGCUUGUCUGUUUCACCCACUACUUGCACUUUCGCCCAGCACAGCUCAGUUCCUAGACCGGCUUGUGUUGGGGUAUAAAUCCUUAGUUUCUGUUUGUAUGGGAGGAGUUGCAUAUUCUCCUCUCCACAGGAAAACUGUUACAACAAAAUUGGGGAAUGGGUGGAGUGGCUUAUGGGAGAAAACUGGAUGGCAAAGAAACAGUGUUUUAAGCUCCAUCCGGUGAAGAGUGAGCUGGUAACACUGAAAGUGUCAAUCCGGCCCUCCAAUUGCAGCACAGCAAAUGGAAUAUGUUUAUUUUAAGAUUUUUGUGGAUCAUCUGUCUCCAGUGCUUAGAAAUCAUGGGCAAAAGGGGCUAUUUUCCAAGCAAACUCAGAUGGGGUCAAUUAUGGGUACCAGUGAGAAGCUCUCCCUUCCCUCUUUUAUAGUCCUUUUUUUUUUUUUUUUUUGGAUCAGCAGUUUGCUCUCCAGUGGCUCUUUGCUAUGAUCUCACUUUUCUGGUCCCCAUUUCAAAACAAGUGGAAAUGUUAUGAAGGCAGAAAAUUGCUUCUGCCUUCUAUUUUUGCCCUGUGCUAUUGUUCUAAGCAGGUAUUGUGCUUAAGGGGUCUGACUUGCACCUGCCUGUUUGCCACUUUAAGCGCUCACAAACCACCCUUCUAUCUCUGCCCCAUCCUCUGUGCUGGGCUCUUUGUCUGGAAAGGGUCUGUGUUCAUAUGUACAAAUAUAUUUUUAAUUCUCUGGGGGGAAAGAGACAUGUGCCAAGGCACCACUGCUGCUAAAGUAUUCAUUGUUCAGCUAAGUAAAAGAAAGAACCAUUAAAUUUGAAUAUGAUCUU